AUGCAUUCUCGUCAAAUAAUAUAUAAUCGCAAUGGUCAAUUCGAAGAAUCAAAAGAUCUUGUUACUACAACGUUAGAUGAAAUUACUGCAGUAUGUAUAAACGGUGAUGUUCAUUCAUUAGAAACAGUUUUAAAUUCCAUUCCAUCAGAUAAACUUGACCAUUAUUUAAAUGCAAUGGUUGAAGAUCAUUCGUACUUAUUCACAUAUUUUACUCCAUUGAUGAUUGCAUCUAUUCAUGGACAUGAUUCGAUCGUACGUUUUUUAUUGGAAAAUUAUUUUCAUCAUUGUAUAGUUGAUGUGCCGAAUUAUUCCUCUCAAUAUGAUUAUGAUUAUGAAUGUGAUGUUGAAAAAUUUAAUAAACAGACGGCACUUUGGCUUGCAGUCCAAUCUAAACAUCUGAACGUUGUUCAAACUCUCGUCUCACUUGGGAAAGCAAACAUUAACCAUAAAGCAGACAUUGGCUUCUCUGUUUCAAACUGGACACCGUUGCGUCUAGCAUGUGAUAAUGGACAAUUAGAGAUGGUCGAGUAUCUCAUAGAGAAUGGUGCUGAUUUAUAUCAUACAGAUAAUGACGAUUCAACAUCUCUUAUGAUUGCAUCCAGUUGUGGACAUGAUAACAUUGUACAAUAUUUGUUAAGCUUAGAUGAUAGCAGCAAUCAUCUUUUGAAUGCAGUCAAUAAUGAGGGAUCUACUGCAUUACAUGAAGCAGCAAACUCCGGACAUUUGAAUAUUGUUAAAUUAUUGCUGGAACAACACCAUGCGAAAAUUGUAAAGAAUAACGAUGGAUAUACGCCAUUGACAAGGGCUGGUAUCAACAAACAUAAAACACUUGUGGAUUAUUUUAUUGAAAAUAAGACACAAUUUUCGUAUACAACUUCAGAAAUUAUCGAUGAACUUGAACUAAUCGGAUCUUACCAUAUGAUAAAUUGUUAUCAAUCUGAUUUUGAAAGUGCUUAUUUUUAUCUGUUAUGUGCAAUGCAGUUAAGAUAUAAUGAUCCGAAGGUACCAAUUCUCAAAAGCAAUCUGCCGCCUCCAAUUGAAGCCUAUGGAUAUUGUACUGAGUGUCAAACAAUUGAAGAGUUAAAUUCGAUAAAAAAUAAUCUUAAUCGCAUGAUUAUUGAAUGUCUUAUGAUAUACGAAAGAGUAGGUGUUACGUCAACAUUUUUAAAUUUUCUUAACCAUCAGGCUAAUUCAUGUGGAUAUAAUUUAUAUUCAUUUGCUAAUGACGGUUGUUUACGUGGACCGGAAAAAUGUCAGCUUGCUAUACGACUAUGGCUACACGCAUAUCAUCUUAGAAGACAAACACAAAUUGAUUUAAAGAAGUGUGUAUCUUAUCUGAAGAAAUGUACUAGAAUUAUGGGUGAUCUGAUCAAUUAUAAGAGAACGAAAGAAAUUCAAUUUGAUAUAUUGAUGAAAGUAUUAGAAGCAACUGAACAUGAAUAUCAAAGAAAUAAAAGUCUUGAACCAAUAUUAGAUGUCGAACAAGAAAAUGACGAUUUUUCUUUUAUAUUAAGUGAAGACAAUGAAGUUGUUGGAAACAAGGGAGAUAAUUGUUUAUAUAUUAUCCUCAAUCUUCUCUUCAAUGCGUCGAAACGUCUAGCAUGUGAUAAUGGACAAUUAGAAAUGGUCGAGUAUCUUAUAGAAAAUGGUGCUGAUUUAUAUAAUACAGAUACGAAUAAUUCAACAUCUCUUAUGAUUGCAUCUCGUCGUGGAUAUGAUAAUAUUGUACAAUGUUUAUUAAAAUUAGAUGAUGACAGUAAUCAUCUUUUGAAUGCAGUUAAUAACAAUGGAUCCACUGCAUUACAUGAAGCAGCAAGCUCAGGAAUAUUGAAUAUUGUUAAAAUAUUGCUGGAACAAUAUCAAGCAAAAAUUUUAAAAGAUAAUAAUGAAUAUACACCAUUGACAAUAGCUGGCAUCAAUAAUCAGAAAGCACUUGUAGAGUAUUUUAUUAAAAAUAAAAUACAAUUCUCAUAUACAAUUUCAGAAAUUAUCAAUGAACUUGAACUGAUUGGAUCUUAUCAUAUGAUAAAUUGUUAUCAAUCUAACAUUGAAAGUGCUUAUAAUUAUCUGUUAUGGGCAAUGAAAUUAAGAUAUAAUGAUUCAAAGGUACCAAUUCUCAAAAACAAUUUGUCGUCUCUAAUUGAAGCUUAUGAAUAUUAUACUGAGUGUCAAACAAUUGAAGAGUUAAAGUCGAUAAAAAAUAAUUCUAAUCGCAUGAUUAUUGAAUGUCUUAUGAUACGUGAAAGAUUAGGUAUUACAUCGAAUUUUUUAAAUUGUCUUGAUCAUCAAGCGGAUUUAUGUGGAUAUAAUUUAUAUUCAUUUAAUAAUGACGGUUGUUUAUGUGGACCAGAAGAAUGUCAGCUUGCUUUACGACUAUGGCUACACGCAUAUCAUCUUAGAAUACAAAAACAAAUUGAUUUAUAUAAAUGUAUAUCUUAUCUGAAGAAAUGUGCUACAAUUAUGGGUGAUCUGAUAAAUUAUAAGAGAACGAGGGAAAUUCAAUUUGAUAUAUUGAUAAAAGUAUUAGAAGCAACUGAACAUGAAUAUCAAAGAAAUAAAAAUCUUGAACCAAUAUUAGAAGUCAAACAAGAAAAUGAUAUAUUUUCUUGUUUAUUAAAUGAAGACGAUGAACCUGUGGGAAAUAAUGGAGAUAAGUGUUUAUAUAUCAUCCUUAAUCUUCUCUCCAAUGUAUUGAAAAUCUUAGCAUGUAAGAAGAAAAAUAAACAAAAACGAAAAGCAAUUAUUUUUCAACGAGUUCAAAAAUAUAUUGAUUCAGAUUGGCGUACUUUAUCUGAUAAUAAAACGUUAUUACAUUUAUCUUUAAUGGAAUAUCAUAAUUCUCUUCCUGUUGGUAUUUGCAGAAGAUUUCCGUGUCUAGUAGUAGUUCAACUAUUAUUAUCCUGCCAGCCAUCAAUCAAUGCCAUUGAUUGUCAUCAUUAUACACCAUUACAUGUUUUGUCCAGCAAUAAAUUUAAAAAACUUACCAAGGAAGAAUGGAACGACAUAAAAAUAAUAUUCACAUUACUUAUCGAUAGUGGUGCACAUCUUGAUGCAAUUGCACAGGGAAAAGCACCAGAAGAUUGUGUUGAAUACGAAAAGUUUAAAGAUCUUUUCCGAAUAUAUCCAAAUCAGCUUAGUCUGAAAUGUCUAUGCGCACGAAUGAUUCAAAAAAACGAAUUAAACUAUAUUGAUUGUAUUCCAAAAUCUUUGCAUGCAUUUAUUGAACUACAUUGA